GGGUCUUCCUGGAAGUUCUGCUUUAGUUACUUUCACUUUUAAAGCUGCGGAGACUUUAGGAGGUUUGCGAUUGCUCUACUCUGCUCUCUCUGGGAAGAAUCCUACUGAUCCCUCUAAAAGCUUCCUGCAGUAGCCAAAGCAAGCCUGAGAUCUCUGCUGUCAGACAUAAUCUGUCCUUCAGCAUUGCUGCUCCUAGAAGCGUGCAAUCACCAUGGAGCAUCACUGUGGUCUAAUCACUAGCAACAAAGAGACAGUACCACUGAAAAAUAUCUCAGUAACAUUGUCCAUCAAUGAAUUUGUGGCUGCUGUGGUGGCAACCUUAAAUUACGAGAAUGAGGAGAAAGUCCCAUUAGAGGCGACCUUUGUGUUUCCUAUGGAUGAAGACUCUGCUGUCUACAGCUUUGAAGCCUUGGUGGAUGGGAAGAAAAUUGUGGCAGAGUUGCAGGAUAAGAUGAAGGCUCACAGCGAGUAUGAGGAAGCCCUCUCCCAGGGCCACCAAGCAUACUUAUUGGAAGAGGAUGACUAUUCCAGAGAUGUCUUUUCUUGCAACGUGGGGAACCUGCAGCCUGGAGCUAAGGUUGCAGUUACCCUGAGGUAUGUGCAGGAACUGCCCUUGGAAACAGAUGGGGCCCUGCGCUACCUGCUCCCAGCAAUCUUGAAUCCAAGAUAUCAGCUCUCUGAACAGUCAGCAAACAGUUGCUUGAACAUCCAGAAACCCACAGUCCCUUUGGAAGACCUGCCUUACACACUCAACAUGACUGCCACCAUCACUUCCCAGCAUGGUAUUGAAAGGGUCCAGUCCAACUGCUCUUUGAGCCCUAUUCAGUACCUUACAGAUGACAAGACUUCUGCUCAGGUUUCCUUGACUGAAGGGCACAAGUUUGACCGGGAUGUGGAACUCCUGAUUUACUACAAUGAAGUGCACAGCCCCAGUGUAGCUGUGGAAAUGGGGAUGCUGGACAUGAAGCCAGACAGUUUGAUGGGAGCUCCUUCUGCAAUGGUGAGUUUCUACCCAGAUAUCCCAGAAGUGGAAGCCUCAAAGGCCUGUGGAGAAUUUGUGUUUCUCAUGGACCGUUCAGGAAGUAUGGACUCCCCCAUGAGCACAGAGAACAAUUCUCAGCUACGCAUCGAGGCUGCCAAGGAAACUCUGUUGCUGUUGCUGAAGAGUUUGCCUAUGGGUUGUUAUUUUAAUAUCUAUGGAUUUGGAUCUUCCUAUGAGAAAUUCUUUCCGGAGAGUGUGAAGUACACUCAGGAUACAAUGGAGGACGCAGUGAAAAGAGUGAAGGCUUUAAAAGCCAACUUAGGGGGUACUGAAAUCUUGACACCCCUCUGCAACAUUUACAAGGCAUCCUCCAUUCCUGGUCAUCCCCUACAGCUCUUUGUCUUCACGGAUGGAGAAGUGAGUGACACAUUUAGUGUCAUUAGAGAAGUUAAGUUAAACAGCAAGAAACACAGAUGUUUCUCUUUUGGAAUUGGACAAGGAGCCUCGACCAGUUUAAUCAAAAAUAUCGCCCGGGUAUCAGGGGGUACUGCAGUGUUUAUCACAGGCAAGGACAGGAUGCAGACCAAGGCUCUUGGGUCUCUCAAGUUUGCUCUACAGUGUGCAGUGGAUAACAUCUCUCUAAGUUGGGAUUUGCCUCCUGGUUUGUCUGUUAAAAUGCUUUCUCCAGAGCAACUUACCAUCUUUAGGGGUCAGAGGUUAAUCAUCUAUGCACAACUGACUGGGCUUAUGCCUCAAGUGGAGAGCACAGGAGCAGUGUGCCUCAAGCACAUCCUCCAGGGUAGGAGUCUGGAAAACAGGGUGACAUUUUCCCUGCAACCCAAGGCAAAUGACAAUUUCACCAUUCAUCGGUUGGCUGCAAAGUCCUUGAUUCAGACUAAGGAUUUUGGAUCCCAGGAGGCCUCAAAAGAAGAAAAAGAAGAUGUGAUGAACAUCAGCCUUCAGUCUGGAGUCCUUAGCUCCUUCACAGCCUUCAUUGCCAUAAACAAGGAGCUGAACAAACCAGUGCAGGGGCCUCUGGCCCACAGAGUGAUUCCUAGGCCAGUGAUGGCUGGAUCUAGUAGUAUGCGGUUCUACUCCAGUUUCUCUGGUGGCUUUAAAGGCCCACAGCCAAGAAGUUUACGUGUACCAGCAUAUGAUUUAUGUUCAGCAGAAAGUGCUAAUCUUGUCCUCAAAAAAUCUGCGUGUUCUGCUAUACAGAAGAAAAAGACAAAUUCUUCUACCAAUAAAAGCAACUUGAAAAAGGAACACAAAGCAUUUGGAGAGAAUGCUGUGGUGCAGCUGAUUUCUCUCCAAAAGGCAAAUGGCUCCUGGGAGCUAGAUGAAGAUUUGACCAAGAUCCUGGGCACUAAGUCAAAAGACAUCAAGGCUGCAAACCCUGCCAAGCAUGAGGACCCCUCAGCCUGGUCCACAGUGCUGGCUGUGGUCUGGUUGCAUGCCAACGGCACAGACUUAAAGUGUGAAUGGGAGCUUCUGGAAAGGAAGGCUGUGGCCUGGCUUCAUGACCAUGCAGGUUCCUCCAUCCCCAUGCUUGUGCAAGCUGCCAAUAGUCUCCUGAAAUUAUCUGUGAAUCCUGCUGUCUUUGGCGUCUAAACAUGUCACCCAUGAAAGGAAAGCCUUUUCUGGCGACCACUGAGUCCCUUAUUUUCUAUCCCUAUCAUUUCUUUUGUCAGAAGUUAACAUAGUCUCCCAACAUGUUUUCUUCUUUGAGGAUUUUAUUUUAUUCAUAUGCAGAAUGACACACGGAGUUUCGAGACCAUUUACAAUAUAAUUACAAUAUAAUGAUUGGCAUGAGAUCUAUAGUAAGCAUGCAGCAUUAACCAUGAGCAAUGCUUAAAUUAAUACCCUGCAUUAUUGUUAUCCAUUCUCUAUGCAGAGCCAUGUAGUAUGGUCAACAAAUGGCUUUAAACUCAUAGAAUAGCCCUACCAGUUAGCACAGACAUGAUGGAUGCUCCUCAGUUGAGGCAGUACUACUAGGACUAUGUGUCCUGAGUACCUCAUGCUGUUAUGAAUUUUUGCCCUGCCCAUUGCCUUCACAUCCCUCUUAAUCUAAGGAUUGUAUGAAAAGUCUAAAGUGGCUUCCAGCCCCUCACUGGGGAGUAUCAUUGACAUUAAACAAUAAUAAUGCCUGAUAUCUUUUAGGCAUUGUUGCUGGAGCAGAUUAGUGAUCCAAGUACUACCAUAGGAAAGAACUUAAAAAGAUGUGGAUUUUCAGCAAUGUUCACCAUCCUUAAAACCUUUAUUUGGAAAAACAAAGUUUUUAGUAAGCCUAUGUUAAGAUUUUUUUUUUGAUUGUUUGUUAUUGAUACUGUUUUAAAAAAUCUUAGUGAACAUUUUGAACUUCUGUAAUGCACACACAUAUUCAUUAAACUAUGGACAUUUCAUGGUCAGAGAACAAGAAAAAUGGCAACAUUGGCUAACAUGAAUCUCACUGAGGCUGGACUGCUCCUGAUUGACUUGUUAUGUCUAGUUUUGCCCUCAGCUUUCUGAUAUGAUUUAAUAAGAAUUGCUGAUGUCUAGGUAAACCUUCUUAGUAUUUAAAGUAGUUAAGACUGACUUUUAUAUAAAAGUUCAGAUUUGUGACUCAUUGGAGAUUUUUGUAUGACUACUCUUAAAGAUAAACACAAUAAUUAGUCCUUCCUUCGUAAGUGCAAAUUGCUGCCUGAGAGUAAGAGGAGCUGGCUGAGAAAACUCCUUUGCUUACUCACACUUUUUAAAUCUAUAAAAAGUUGCUUAGUUAUGAAUGCACAUGGGUUCUUGGGAAUACUUUCUUUUAUUUACCUGUACUAUAAAAUGUUAUUUCUUGUAAAGAUAUUAUAUAACAUCCUGGAAAUUUUUUCAUAGUCAGUCACUAGAAGGAAAAUAGAAAGUACUAAAACUGUAAUUUUAUACUGUCUAAAAGGUUUUUCUGGGAUAUAUAAGAGAUGGGAAAAAUAAUGUUGAAACUUUGCUUCUUCCACCUCCAAGUAUGUGUGUAUAUAUUUAUACAUGUGCUUGUAUGUAUGUAUAUGUGUAAAGUUUGUGAAUUGGAACUUUGUUCCAUCUAUCAAAUUUAUAUGUAUGUUAUAUGUAAAGCUUGUGUGGGUAUGUGUUGGAGCUUAUUCCAACCAACUGUGUAUAUAUGUGUGGAUAUGUGCAAAAUGCUUUUGAGCCUGCU